UUUUUUCUUCUCAUUCACAAGCUAACUAAAAAUGGGAAAUUCAUUAGCAUGUUUUUCUAAGAAAAAUCAAACUACAAAAAUUAGAAAAAAAUUCAACAAAAAUAAUAUUCCUAGUACUAGAAGAUCAUCAUCUAAUAUUCGUCGUAUUCCUCCUCCUCCUCCUCCAUGUAUCUCAAGAUCAACUAGUAGAAAAUCGGAUAGAAUAAUCUAUCCGAGUUCUUCUAGAAUUAUUGAUCAUGAUAUUGAUCAUGAUUAUAUUCGAGAACAAGCUCGAGUUGCAGCAGCUUUGUUGCUGCAACAUCAUCAUCAAAACGGAACGUUCAGUCAAUUUGAACGUUCCGUUUCUCUUAGAGAUCCUUUAAAUUGUUCUUCAAGGAAGCAAAAGAGAUAUAAUCAUAAUAAUAUUAUGCCAAGAAGUUCAAGUUCUCGACGUGCUAGAUCACAAUCUGAUUCACUUCCUCAUCACAUGGAACUUCUUCGUCAGGGUAGUAGAAAUGUUGAAGAUUUGAAUCACAAACAUUUUGUUCUAGUACAUGGAGGUGGAUUUGGUGCUUGGUGUUGGUACAAAACUACAACACUUCUCAAAGAAUCUGGAUAUCAUGUUCAUGCAAUUGACUUAACUGGUUCUGGUGCACAUUUUUUUGAUUCCAAUAACAUUUCUACUCUCUCACAAUAUGUAAAACCCCUCAUUGAUUUCCUUGAGAAAUUCCACGAUGAUAAAAAGGUUAUAUUAGUCGGACAUGAUAUAGGGGGAGCUUGUAUCUCUUAUGCAAUGGAAUUGUAUCCAUCGAAAGUGUCUGCAGCAAUUUUCGUUGCUGCAGCAAUGUUAAAGAGUGGACAGAGUACACUCGAUAUGUUCUCUGUACAGCUUGGAUUGAACAAUUUAUGUCAACGCGCUCAAAUUUUUCGUUAUGCAAAUGGGAAGGAUCAACCUCCAACAUCAAUAGAUUAUGACAAGUCAUUGAUCAAGGAAGUGUUAUUCAAUCAAACUCCUACUAAGGAUGUUGAAUUAGCAUCAGUAUCAAUGAGACAAGUUCCAUUUGGACCAUUAACAGAGAAACUUUCACUUUCUUCAACAAACUAUGGUUCAAUUCCAAGAUUUUAUGUCAAAACACAAGAUGAUUUUGCAAUUCCUGCAUCUCUUCAAGAAGUUAUGAUAGAUUCAAAUCAACCAGAACAAGUUUUCCAGAUUAAAGGCUCCGAUCAUUCGCCUUUUUUAUCGAAACCUCAAGCUCUACACAAGAUUUUGGUAGAAAUUUCAAAUAUUCCUCCAAAAAUGAAUCUCAAAACCAUCUAAAAAAUAGAUGAAUUUUAGCCAACAUCACAUUUCCCCCCCCAAGACAUGUACAUACCAAAUACAUGAUCAUUACACACAUAUAUAACAUGAAAUCUUUUUGAAAACUUCA